UAUAUAUUAUAUAUAUACACAUAUACAUAUAUACAUAUGCAUAUAUAAUUAUUGUGAAAAUAGAAGUAUAACAUUACUAUAUUUAUAUAACAGUAAUUGUGUAGCUUUAUAUCGAUAUGGCAUAACGAAGAAACUUAAUGUCAAAAUUUUAUUGAUAUUAUCACACAAUGUUAAACUAGAUUCAAGUGUAAUACGUAGGCAUAUCUUCUUAUUUAUAAAAAAAAAGGAAAAAAGAAAAAAAAAAAAAUAAGAAAAUAAUAUUUACUUUUCAUUACAUAAAAAAAAAAAAAAAGAAUAUACAUUCUGGUUCACAACCCAGAAUUGAAAAAAUAUAAAAUCCUAGAAUUUUACUUGCAUAACACAUUUGUACAUACACGCUCAUUUCUGAUCCUUUAUAUGAAGAUUGUUUCAAAUAAACAAUACUAACAACUAAUUUUUUUUUGCAAAUGUUUAGUACUCCUACUUUCCAAUAUAAGAAUAUGCUAGAAGGAAAAAAAAAUUAUGCAAUAAAAUACAAUAUACUAAUAAUGGUAAUAUAAAACAGGAAGAUUAUAAAUGUUGAAUGUUUUCAAUAUUACAAAAUAAUAAUGAUUAAUAUAAUUAUUUCUAAGAAAUUUCUAGACAGUCAUUUGUUAAUUGUUUCAAAAAAUGUCAUACAUUUUAUAAUGCUCUUAUCUAUUCUAAUAUUAUUUUAACUUUUGAAUACAUAAAGAGCAAUUAAAAUGAAUUCUAAAUCAUUAUUGUUGCACUCUAAAUAUGUGCCAUGCAAAAAUAAUACACGCUGGAAGAUGUCACAUAAGUGUAGAAGAAAUCAUUGUUCUGAUUACAUCUUACAUCGAAUAUCAUUGCAAUUAUGGAUUGUUAGUAAUCAUGUAUUUAUAUUUAAAUGCGUAACUCUGAUAUAUCUUAAUAUCUAAUUCCAUAGGAUAAAUUUUAUGAAAACGAGCUUGAUGAUGAUAGUUCAGAGGUCAAAUUUAUAAAGAAAAAAUUAACUAAAAUAGAUGAAAGAUAUAGAUUUAUGAAAUUUCUUCCUUUGAUGAUAAAAAUAAAACCAAGAAUAACACAAAAUCAUGUAAUAAAGAAAUCUAUAUUAGAAAGAAGGCAACAUCGUAUGCGUUAUGCGAUAUUUGAUGGAACCAGAAAAAGUACAUACAGAGCGGAAUUAUAUAGAUCCGUUUUAAUAGCAAAACCAGAUCAUGCGUGUUUUCAUAACUUUCAAAAAAAUAUUUUAUACAGAAAGACAAUAAUAUUAACAAAUAUUAGUAAUACUUCGACAAAAUUUCAAAUACAGCCUAUAUCUCGUCAUUCUAAGUUUAUAGUUAGAAUACAAAAUAAAAAAUUAGAAAGAAAUUUUAUUGCCCCGGGAAUGCAACUCAAGUUAAUUAUUUCUUUUUAUACUGAAGAUUUAUACGAGGAAGAAGAAAUUAUUACUAUAUAUGUUCAACAUGGAAGACCAAUUAAUAUUAAAUUACAAUGUAUUAGAGAUCCUCCUACAUUGAAAAGAAUUAUCAUACCACAUUUACUGUCUGCAGAAUCCGAGAUAAAUAAUUUAUAUUCAACUGAGAGUACUACGGUGUCUAGCAAUUCAUGUAUAACUGAGUAUUCAAAUACUAUCAGAAAGUUUAAUAAAUAUUAUUCUAACAAAAGAUCAUUAAUGAAUGCUGUUAACUCCAACAUGAUUUUUGAAUGUGAAAAAUGUUUUGUUGGUGAACAGGUUGCCUUACAAAUUAGAUUUAAAAAUAUUGGAGCCGAUGGAAAAUUCAUUUUAAUAAGUGAAAUUGAUUGGUACAGCAUGUGUAUAGAAGAUAUCACAGAUAUAAAUAUACUUAGUUUACAAUGCUUUGCUGUAUGGCCAGCAUAUUUUGUUUUGAAAACGCAAGAAGAUAUAUACAUUCAUACAUAUUUCUUUCCUGAUUCAUACGGAAUGCAUGUUGAUACAUUCUACAUAGUUACUGACAAUUAUUCUGUUAAAUCCUUUGAAUUAAUUGGCGAUGGCAUUAUGUAUGAACCACAGACUUUUCAAAUUAAUAGCCAAUCGGAAGGGACAUAUUUAUCCUUGACAAAAAUUGAUAUGGAAUCUGUUGUUCAUUAUGAUCUAAAUAUACAGAGAAAUUUUUUAAAAGAAUUUCAAGUUAUAACUAAGAAAAUUUCAAUAACUAAUACCAGUCAAAUGUAUAUGUUUUUUCGUUGGGAAAAAUGUUCAGUAAAAGUUAAAGAAAAAAAUGAAAUCGAGGAUGAAAUCGAAGGUGAAAACGACGAUGAAAACUUUUUGGAUUACUUUUAUAUAAUACCUGAAAGUGGUAUUUUUUUUGCUUCUGUUGAUUUAAAUUUUAACAUAGUAAUUACAAUUCCAUCAAUUAAUUUGCCUGACGGUCACAUAUAUGGCCUUCUUCAAUUAUAUAUUGAAGAUAUACCUCAAGCUGCUAUAUCAAAGAGCCAUAAAUUAUGGACUAUAGAAAGUCAAACAAAAAGACGUGUUUGCACUACUAAUUCUGUGGAUAUCUUAGUGGCUGAUAUUAAAUUAAUACAAACUUUGUAUUAUGAUGCAUCAUUUAAGAAGAAAUCAGAUGAAUAUAACGAUAAAGACAUUCUUGAAAUUGAUAUAUCACAAUCGUCGAUAAAAAAAGAUUUGUCAGAUAUAGAUCUAAAAAUAUAUAGUGAUCAAAAAUCUAUAAUAAUGCCAGCAUUGGUAAGAUAA